CACCUAUUAGGUCACCUGCUGCGAAUCUGUGAGAGAGAGAGAGAGAGACGUAGAGAAGCAGCAUCCGAUGAGCAGCCGGUCGAGUUUGAGCCCUCAUGACGAAUACGAAGACCGGACCGGAGGCGCGGAGACGCUGGCUGAGGCGGCGUUGAGAGUCCUCAACACCGCCGAUCCUUUCGAGAAGGCUCGACUCGGAGAUGUCACGGCCACGCGAUGGCUCCAGGGAGCUAUUACCCAACGUUACCACCCGUCUCUCGAUUUCGUUGUCCCUGACAGACCCGCCAGGCUCUCCAAUGUCAAAUUGGUCUCUCCAAGUCUUAUGCCGAAGCUUGGCAAGGCCGGCAGCUUGCAGAGCAGACAAGCCAUCGUCCAUAGUCUCGUUCAUACGGAGAGCUGGGCCAUCGACUUAUCUUGGGAUAUCAUCGCCCGAUUCGGUAAACAAGAGGCAAUGCCAAGAGAGUUCUUCACCGAUUUCGUGAAGGUAGCUCAGGACGAAGGUCGACACUUCACUCUCCUCGUGGCACGCCUGGAAGAACUGGGUUCAUUUUAUGGAGCACUCCCAGCUCACGAUGGUCUCUGGGACUCGGCUACCGCUACUUCCAAGAAUCUUCUGGCUCGUCUAGCGAUCGAGCAUUGCGUCCAUGAGGCCAGAGGACUCGACGUGCUACCAACGACCAUCACUCGGUUCCGCAAUGGAGGCGAUGAAAAAACAGCGUUUUUACUGGAGACCGUGGUGUACCCAGAAGAGAUUACUCACUGUGCUGCGGGAGUAAAAUGGUUCAAGUAUCUUUGCUUGAGAUCCAGGAAUCCACCAUCCUCAACCUUGGAUGUCAACUGCUUGGGAUCAAGCGAUAGUGGAACCCGAGAAAGCGAGAGCACACCAGAUUGCGUGGGAGUCUCGGAAGAAGAAAGAACAACAAUGGCAGAUGGUGAUGGUGGGGAAGAUGAGAUUGUGGAAGUGAUCGAGACAUUUCAUGCUACUGUAAGAAAAUACUUCAGGGGUCCACUGAAGCCUCCUUUCAACGAGCAGGCCAGGAAAGCUGCCGGGUUUGGCACCCGAUGGUAUGAACCUCUCGCUGUCAGAGAGGAAAGGCCGGAAUAGCAACUCAAGCUUUAUUCUACCUUUGUCUAAGAUUUGAGUCUUACAGAAAUCAAUUG